CUGAGCUGUAACCUGAGCUUGCUUUUCUUCCCGGCUGCCCCUCCUGUCCUAACCCAACCUAGUUGGAACUGGUGAGAGUGGGAAAAGCACCUUUAUCAAGCAGAUGAGGAUAAUCCAUGGGUCUGGCUACAGUGAUGAAGAUAGAAAGGGCUUCACGAAGCUGGUUUAUCAAAACAUCUUCACGGCCAUGCAAGCCAUGAUCAGAGCAAUGGAUACCCUGAGGAUACAAUACAUGUGUGAGCAGAAUAAGGAAAAUGCCCAGAUCAUCAGGGAAGUGGAAGUAGACAAAGUCUCUGCCCUCUCCAGAGACCAGGUGGCAGCCAUCAAGCAGCUGUGGCUGGAUCCCGGAAUCCAGGAGUGUUACGACAGGAGGAGGGAGUACCAGCUGUCAGACUCUGCCAAAUAUUACCUGACGGACAUUGAGCGUAUCGCCAUGCCCUCUUUCGUGCCAACACAACAGGAUGUGCUUCGUGUUCGAGUGCCCACCACUGGCAUCAUAGAAUAUCCAUUUGACCUGGAAAACAUCAUCUUCCGGAUGGUGGAUGUUGGUGGCCAGCGAUCUGAACGACGGAAAUGGAUUCACUGCUUUGAGAGUGUCACCUCCAUCAUUUUCUUGGUUGCUCUGAGUGAAUAUGACCAGGUUCUGGCUGAGUGUGACAAUGAGAACCGUAUGGAGGAGAGCAAAGCCCUGUUUAAAACCAUCAUCACCUACCCCUGGUUUCUGAACUCCUCUGUGAUUCUGUUCUUAAAUAAGAAGGAUCUUUUGGAAGAGAAAAUCAUGUACUCUCAUCUAAUUAGCUACUUCCCAGAGUACACAGGACCAAAGCAAGAUGUCAAAGCGGCCAGGGACUUUAUCCUGAAGCUGUACCAAGAUCAGAAUCCUGACAAAGAGAAAGUUAUCUAUUCUCACUUCACAUGUGCUACAGACACCGAGAAUAUCCGCUUUGUGUUUGCUGCUGUCAAAGACACCAUCCUACAGCUAAACCUACGGGAGUUCAACUUGGUGUAAAUGGAGGGCCUACCCAAACAGAGGGUGAUCUGAGCUCUUCCUGCCUGAUCUACAAGUGCUUCUGACCAUCUGGACCAGGACCUAAGGACAUUACGUAGCCCACAGGGACAGAGAUGGGUAGUGCAAUGUGAAAAAUACUUUAGCAACCCUUUUAAGUGUCUUUAAUUCUUGAUUGUCUAACUCUUUUCUCACCUUUUGGUUGAAAGAUUAGGUAUAAUUUUUGAGUGAUUCUUCCUCUCCUUUUUUUAAACUAGUGUUCAACAGCUAUUAAAAAUCAUGCAAAAAAAUUCAUGCAACAGAGGGACUUGUAUCAUGCCUUCAGACCUCUGAGAUUCAUUUAGGUGACUUAAACAUCUUCAUUGGUUUGAUAAUUUUAAAAUAAAUCUUUUAAGAAACAUUUUUAACAUUUCUUCCCCUUAAUGCUGAAGUAUGACUCAUGUAACAAUUUACUAAACAACCAAAGACUUCUUUCUAUGCUUUUUUUUGUUUUUUAAUUUUAAAAACAGGAUCUUAAGUAGCCCAGGCUGGCUUCCAACUCAAAUUUGCUGUGUAAUUGAGCAUGGCCCUUGGUCCUCCUGCCUAGCUGGUCCAUACUUAGCUAAGAUUUUUUUUCUUUUCUGAGACAGGGCCUCACGUAUUCUUUUCUGGUCUCAAACAUGCUAUGUGGCCAAUGAUGGCAUUGGACUUCUGAUUCCCUUGUAUUCAUAUACACAACUUAUUUAAGGCAGUUCUCACACUGUGGCUAAUUCCUAGCAUUAAGAGGUCUCAAAUAGUGUGAUUUCACAUUGAUAUUUACAGGUUAGUAAUGCUUGGAUGUAUGUGUCACAUGAUUAGUUUAUGUGAUGCUUGGGAUGGGACCCAGGGCUUUGUGCAUGUUAGGCAAAUGUUCUGCCAACCGAGGUACAUCCCAAACCAAAGAUUUCUUUAAAAAGCAGUUCUUUUCAUGUCAACUUUCUAAUCCAAAUUAAUAUUAUUCAAACAUUGAUUUUGCCACAAUUUGAUAAAACCAACUCUGACAUGAUAAGUAGACUUUAGAUACUGCAUGUGUGUAUGUCCUAAUGUGUAUGGCCAGGUCUUAUAGCUUAUGGAAUGGCUAAAGCAGAACUUGUUAACAGAUGUUAUGUAAACCUUGCCAAAGCUCUGAUGGCAAUCUCCAAUGUGCUGUUUGAACUGUGUGCGCUGUGCCUUUCUGGAUACUAAGAAUACACUGUUCUACCCUGAACACCAAGGAUGACGUGCUUCUUAGAGCUCGUGCCUGACCGUUCUGGUUCAAAGAAAAACGUUACCGUUUUAAUGGUUCUGCAGCUUCUCGGAUUCCUCCCUUUGAUGAGUCUUCACUCAUCACGGUGUGCUGGAGCUCUUUCACGGCUGGCUCAGUAAAUGGUGCAGGUCCUGACUCCCAGGAAGCAGAGUACUUCAUCAUACUUAAGGGCUCGGGUGGCUUUGCACGGACUGCUGACCCAUAAGUAUGUCUGUACUUACGGAUGGCUCCAUCUCUCACCAAUCUUCAGAGG